CCCAGGGACUCCCGCCCAGGCAAACCGGUAACCCAGGGACCCCCACCAUGGUAUUAUCAGCUAAAUAUCAAGGAGAAGUAAUCAACAUUUAAAAAUAAAUAGAUUUUAUUUUUAUUAUUUUGGUCUUUUCACAUUAUAAUUGGAAGUGUAAAAUACAUAGUCUACUAGCUAAAAAGGUAACUCCAAACACAUUUUCACUAAUAUCAGCUGGUUAAAUAAAGGUUAGCCAUGUGUUUUGGUAAAAAUGAUUCAAUCUGUAUUGCUGAAGUGCUACAGGUUGUGUGAUAGAAAUGUAAAGAGCCGAUAUAUGUAGCGUUUACCGUGAAUGCAGUCUCCGCUAACGCGGCACCAUUGCCAUUGCACUUGCAGCGACUAGUAUUAACGGGUGCUUUUUCAUAGCCUAUUUCAGAUACUUUGACUGUCAUUUCUCUGUCAUUAGCUCCAGUUAGUGCAAUUUGCUCAAUAUUAGGGUUUGAUAAAUAAAGUUGACAUCAUUAGAAAGAAUAUAUUAUCCUAGUUUCUACUGUAUGUAUGUAAUUCGAAAUGUGUUUAUUCUGUUGUUGCUAGCGAUAUAAAAAAAGAUUUAAUUUUUUUAGAAAAAAGUGAGGACCCCCUGCAGUAUCUCCAUGGAACCCCAGUUGAAUAGCCCUGAUAUAGAGUAACCUCUUACCUGACAUAUCAAUCACAAUCUGUUGGUAAUGAUGAGGUUGAUGAAAAUCAACGCCUAGAACAAUGGAGCGUCCUGACCUGUCCGUCUGUCUGUGAUGACUGACUGACUGAAGGAAUCACUAUGUGGGAUGUAUUUUUGUUGUUGUUGCGGUCAAGGCUUUGUUUAUAUAGACGGGGCCUGUAGUUCUUUGGCUAUACACAGUAUACCACCACAAGCUGUUGCAAUGUGUGUUGGUGUGAAAGUGGAUGUUUACUAACGAGAAACACUUCACAGACAGAUGGAUGAAUGUCUCAUGGCACUAGAAAACAAGAUCAGGCCCAGAAGUUUCAUUCCACUUAACACUAGACUACUUUUGAAGUCCUCUCACCCAUGUGCUCCUGCUCUCCAUGAUUAGCCAACCACGCAUCCAAUCAAAUUAGUCCUAUGCAUAGCCACUUUGCAUACACAGCCAUUUCCUUGCUUUGGCAGUCAACCUCCUUCUGUGCUGUGUGGACUGCAUCUGGUACUGAACCCUACGGUAGUCUAGUCCUGGAUGUAUUAACAGCCUUCCCUUUUCCUCCUAGUACUGCCUCCACCCUCUCCGUUGUAGGGUCUGUACCCAGGCUAAGAUGCGUCCAUUGCGGGUCUACCUGCUGGCCCUCCUCCUGUUGGCAGGGAUCUGGCUGUCUGGUACCAGUGUAUCCGACAGCUUUAGAGACUGCAGACAGUUUUUCUACAUGAGGGCAGCGCCGACAGGCAUCGACGGGACCAGGGACAGCCUCAAGAGGAUCUGCCAGCGCUACGGGGACAAGGCGCGCUACGCCACCCUGUACGACGGCAGCCGUCGCCUGCCCCUCUACUCAGCCUACACCUUUAAGAAGAACGACGGGAAGAAGAGGAUGGACACGCCCUGGAUGUACGAGCCACAGCUGGUGUCUGGGAAUGAGGGUGGGAACAUGAAGGUGCUGCCCCCUAGUGAUGACCCGGAGCCUCUGAUCCAGGAGAGCCAGGCGGUGCUGGAGGACUACUCAGACGCCGUGGAGUACUCCCGAGGCCUGCUCAACCCAGACCAGCACCAGGCUGACCCAGACGAUAAGGCCUCCACCUACACCCUGACCAACGUGGUACCCCAGAUCACAGACUUCCUGGAAGAGACCUGGAGCUCCUAUUUGGAUACCGUGCGCCGCCGCCUCAAUAACUUCUGCCGCGGAAAGCAGUCCUACGUGGUAACCGGGGUGACAGUCUCCGGGGCGACCAUACGUCGGGGGAACGAGGACCGCAUGGGGAUCCCCAAACACGUGUGGUUGGCUUACUGUUGCCCACGGUUCGACCGUAACUCUCCCUAUGAGGUGCGUUUCAUGUUCCCUAGCUAUGGUGCCUAUGCACUGAAUGAGCAGGAGGACCAUGGAGUCACGGAGGUGCCUUUGAAGACACUGGAGAGCUUUCUGAAGAAACAAACGGACAUGGAUAGUAAUCUGGCUAUCUUCUACGAGGACUGUGUGUCAGAGAACACCUUCAUAAAGAAAAGGAAGAGACCACACAAACCGUCCGGUGCAGUAAACUCCAGCGUGGACUCCUCCUUCAGGGAAUGCAGCCAGUUCCUGUACAGGGGCCUGGCCCCAAGGGGCCUCCAGGGGACUCGGGGCCUCCAGAAGGUUUGCCAGCAUUACGGGGACAAGGCGCGCUACGCCACCCUGUACGACCCAGCAGGCAGGAUCCCCCUCUUCUCCGCCUACACCUUUAAACGCUCCAAUGGUGAGAGCAGGGAAGGUCUGCCCUGGAUGUACGAACCACAGCUGUCCCUUGGCUCUGGGACGGGUAACAUGCAGCCCUUCCCCGGUUCUCCCUCCAGCCUCCUGGCCCUAGAGGAGAGCCAGGCGGUGCUGGCCGACUACUCCGACGCAGUCGUCUACGAGCGUGGCCAACUGAACCCCGACCAGCUCCAGGCCAGUCCUGGGGACAAGGCCUCGACCUACACCCUGACCAACGUGGUUCCCCAGGCUAAAGAGUUCCUCCAACACCACUGGCUACCCUACCUGGAGGGCAUCCGCAAACGCCUCAACAACUAUUGUCGUGGAACGGCUUACAUCAUCAGUGGCGUCACCACCACCGGGAACACCAUCCGGAGAGGUAACGUUAACCGGGUGAGGGUACCCAAACAUCUGUGGACAGCCUACUGCUGUCCUGAUUUUGAUCUCGGUGCGCCGUAUGAGCUCCGGUACAAGUUCCCUACUUAUGCAGCCUACGGGCUUAAUGACGUGGUAGAUAACGCGGUCACGGAGACGUCGACGAAGAGCGUGGAGGCGUUGGUCAAUAGAGAGAUGGCUGUGGAUCAGGACUUUCAGCUGUUCAAUGGAAACUGUGUCCCUGAAGUCACCAUGGCCCCACUCUGGGCACAGGCCUUCCUCCUGGUCACCAUGGCGAUGACUGAUGUCCAGGGAACGGUGGAGAAGGAGCUCUCACCAGAGUGCAGGGAGUUCCUGUACAUGGGGACGCCACCCGUGGGCCUGGAGGACCACUCGCUCCAGAAGAUCUGCCAGCGCUACAACAACAAGCCGCGCUACGUCACGCUGUACGACACGGCCAACCACGUCCCCAUCUACUCCGCCUACACCUUCAAACGCUCCGACGGGGAGAAAAGGGUGGACGUGCCCUGGAUGUACGAGCCACAGCUGUCCACAGUUUCUGACACCAUGGAGAUGCAGGCGUUCCCGCGCGGCUACAUGCACAGGAACUUUGAGGACGCCCAGGCCAUCCUGGACGACUACACCAACGCCGUCCUCUACGAGCGUGGCCACCUCAACCCUGACGAGCACCAAGCCGACCCAGACGACAAGGCCUCCACCUACACUCUGACCAACGUGGUGCCCCAGGUCAGAGAGUUCAGCGCUGGCACCUGGAAAGAGCAGGAGCACGUGAUCCGCAAGCGCCUCAACAACUACUGCCACGGCACCGCCUACGUUGUCACCGGAAUCACCACCUCAGGGAACAUGAUCCGGCGCCAUAACAUUGACCGCGUGGCGGUCCCGACGUACCUGUGGUCGGCCUACUGCUGCACCGACUACGACCACAACGCGCCGUACGAUGAGCGCUACAAGUUUCCGGCGUUCGCCCACUACGCCCUCAAUCAGAAGGAGAACAACCAGGUCCUGGAGCUGUCCAUCAAGAAGCUGGAGGAGUUCCUCCAGAGGUCCACCUUCGUGGACAAGAACUUCCAGAUCUUUGCGGACGACUGUGUCCCGCCUGCCUUUGCUCUGCAUUAGGUCCCCUGGUCUCUCAGUGGACUUGCCUCCCCAAACCACAAGACCUUACAUUUCAUUUACACUUCCUGCAAUGGAAACAAGUAGUCAACAAUAUAGCAGUCUUCUUCAAUUGCUGUUAUUGAUAGAUUGAUUCAUGUUUCCCCCCCCCCCCCCCAAAUACUUUCUGA